AAGAUAAGGAAAAAAGUUUCUCAGCUACACCAUGUUUAGUAUAAUAUGGUGCAAACCAUCUAGAGUUUAGAAUUGUGUCGAAACCUACACGAUGUAUAUGAUAAAUACAUGCCACAUAUACGACGUUAAUAAAAAUAUGGUGCCAACAUCAUAACGAGGUUUAAUUGAUUUUAGUUAAAAUAAUUGGGGUCAGCUCGUAAUUAAGUAAAGUUAAACUCCAAUUAACAAAACCCGACCCGAACCAAACGAAAAAUCCGACCCAGACUUAACCAUUUUCCCCAAAUCGAUUUCGUUUAGAAAUUUAGGGUUCCAAACAAGAAAAAAAUUGGGAGUUUCGAAAAGAGAGUGAGAGAUUCGUCAGAGACAAAGAGAGAUUGCAGAGACAGAGAGAGAGAUCGAUUCAGUUUCGGCGAAAUCGAAUCCGGAUGUGGUAAUUGAAGAAACAAGGCGACAAUGAGUGAUUCAAUAUCGGUGAAGAUUAAUUGUUUUCACUCGGGUGUGUUCAAAACUGAAGAUGGGAAGCUAAAUUAUGUUGAUGGUCUUUUGGAGCAGUUUGAAGUCGAUGGUGAUGCGGCUUAUGAAGAAUGUAGGAAGAUCAUUGGUAAGAUAAUUACAAUGGGGAGAAUGUGGUACAAGUUACCAUUUGAGGAUAUAUCAGAGAAGAAGGAGUUGCUUGAAAAUGACGAAAAAACCAAAAAGAAGAUGAUUUCUAAUGGUCGUUGGUACGAGGAGCUUGAUGUCUUCAUAGAGACACCUGAAACUGAUGUUCUUACUGGUGAUGGUGCCGUGGUGGAAGCAGUGACUGGGCACGAACCUGUUGAUGGUGACGAGUCUGAUGCUGAGCAACAAGGUGAUAAUUCUGAUGGUGAUCAUGAAGCAGGAGAGAGUGAAAAUGAGUAUCAAGCGAGUGAUGAAUCUGAUAAAGAAGAGGAUAUUGACAGAAACUUUGAAGAGGAUCUUGAGAUGUUUAGGGAUGAGAACUAUGAGGAUGAGAUUCUAGACGAGGAUGAGGUAUAUCCUGACACGGAGCAGUCAUCUGAUGAUGAAGAGGAACAAGCUGAGAGGAUGGCUAAUAGGGGUGAAUUAGAUGGCGUUUUUAGUCUUAGGCAGACCUUUUACAGCGGUGAAGAGUUCAAGAAGCAAGUGAUCAUAUAUAUUCUGAAGACGAGAAGAAAUGUGGUCUAUGACAGAUGGGAAAAGACAAAGAUUGGUGCUAAAUGUAGUGGUAAAGGUUGUGUGUGGCGUAUAUACUGCUCAGUAGAGAGACCCAUCAAGAAAUGGAUGGUGAAAGUGUAUGUUAACACACAUACUUGCCAUCCCACGGGUAAGUGUAAACUCAUCAAAAGCCCUGCCAUUGCUGAAGUUAUGUUGGAGAAAAUCAGGAAGGAACCUGAAAUGAGUGCUCCAAUGAUUAGAGAAGAGUUUAGGGAUAAGUACAACAUCAUUAUCUCUCCCGAGCAGGCAAAGAUUGCAAGGCGUAUUGUUCUUGAUAAGCUACAGGCUGAAUGCAAUGAACAUUUUGCAAGGCUAAGGGACUAUGAGAUGGAACUAUUACGUUCAAAUCCUGAUAGCAAAAUUGAGAUCAAUACAACAACGAAGUCAAAUGGAGCGAAAGCAUUCCACUCCAUGUAUAUCUGCUUUGACAAAAUUCGUGUGGCAUGGAAGGAGUAUUGCAGGCCGGUUAUUGGAUUAGAUGGGACAUUCCUCAAGCACAGCUCUCUGCAAGGGCUGAUUCUUACUGCGAUAGGAAGGGAUCCAAAUAACCAGAUAUACCCAAUAGCAUGGGCUGUGGUCGACUCUGAGAGCAAUGAUAAUUGGCAAUGGUUUAUUCACAGGUUGAAGAUUGAUUUGGGUUUAGGCGUGGGUGAUCUUGUGACAAUCAUAUCAGAUCAGCAUAAGGGAUUGAUUCAUGGAGUUGCUGUUGAGUUGCCAAGAGCUGAACAUAGAGCUUGUGCUAGGCACAUCUACUCUAAUCUGAAGAAGAAUCACAAGUCUGAUACACUGAAGCCUCUCUUCUGGCGCAUUGCAAGUAGCUACAACGAGGGUGACUAUGAGAGGAGUUUGGACGUUUUCAAAAAGUUUGAUCCGUUAGCAGCUGAAGACCUUAUGAAGAAGGAUCGUUCUACUUGGUGCAGGGCAUUUUUCCGGAUAGGUUCGUGUUGUUCUGAUACACACAACAACUUCACAGAGUCCUUCAAUAGGACCUUGAAGAUAGCAAGAAAGAAGCCCUUUAUUCAGAUGCUUGAGUUGAUUAGAAGAGAUGCAAUGCAGAGGAUAGCUACUAGAUAUAAGACAGCAAAAAAUGAGACGGGUCUCGUUACAAAGAAGGCGAGAAAGGAGGUUGAAAAGUCUUGUGAUGAAGCUAAGCAUUGCUAUUCUUAUUCAAGCACAGGUGGUGCUUAUGAGUGCGUUGAAUUUUCAAAUGGUUACACGGUGAAUUUGCUUUCUCGUAGCUGCGCUUGUAGGAAAUGGGACUUGUCUGGAAUCCCAUGUCGCCAUGCUGUAUCUGUUAUCCGUGAGAAUGGUUUCGAGGUUGAAGAUUAUAUUUCAGAUUAUUAUCUGACAUCGAAGUGGCGAGGUUUGUACAUGGAUGGGUUGGGGCCUGUAAAUGGUCCAAGGUUUUGGAAGCUAUCUGGUGAAGACCGUAUUGAAGCACCACCAUACAAGAGACCGCCUGGAAGACCAAAGGGGAAGGCAAGGAUUAAAGGAGUGCGUGAAUCCCCGAAGAAAAAUCAGACCAAAGUUGAUAGAAAAGGAAGAAUAGGUCAUUGUGGUCUUUGUGGUGGUGAAGGCCACAACUCAAGGAAGUGUCCUCAUGAGUCUGAUGAAAGCAGAAAGCGUAGGCGUCUCAACAUGGAACAACAAUCACAUGAGCAAGCAAUCGAGGACAUUUCCUCAACUGCACCACCUGCUACACAACCUUGACUUCUCUAGAAUGUCUUUUUCUUUUCUCGGAUGUCUUUUUUUCCGCUUUUGAUGUCUUCUUUGGUCUUUGGAUAUGACCUUUCUCUCAGCGGAUAUGUGUGUUUUGGAUGUUAAACUAGUGUUGAUGUCUCUCUUGUUAUGUAUGAUCACCUAUUUUGGAUGUUAAAGCAAUGAGUUCAAACUCUUUUUUUUAUUG